AAAACUGUUAAGUCCGCCCCUGCUGGCAAACACUUUUCAGCAGUUCACCAAUACCUUAAAAAUGUCAUGACGAUGCGUGAUCCCAAUGACAUGAUGUGUGUUUGAAUUGAAUGUCGACGGUAACCUGAAGACCACAGCCUCCUUCUCCCUCUCUCUCGCCUCCCGGCUCAAGCAAGCCAAUCAGGGCCUUCGGGGCCCCCCUCCUAACCCCCCUUCCACGGUGCUGGUCCACUCGGAAGGGUCCUCCUCCUCCUCCUCCAGACGCGCAUUUCCACACAGACACGCACACAUGCACGCGCACGCACCUUGUCUGCCCCUCACACACGCACGCACGCACGCACACGCAGCCGCGCGCCCCCUCGUGCAGUCCCGACGCCGUCAGAGGAGCCGCGCGGAAUCCUCGCAUCGCCCAGCAGUCAGCAGCAUGGGGAGCGCCUGUUUUUCCCGGGACGCCUGUUUGUUCCUCCUGCUCAUAAAUACUUGCGGGUUGAUGGGGAAUGUCGGGCCCGCAGAUGUAGACGAGUGUGCAGAGAGUUCAGAUGACUGCCACAUCGACGCCCUCUGCCAGAACACGGCCAAGUCUUACAACUGCAUAUGCAAGCCGGGGUACAAGGGGGAUGGAAAACAGUGUGAAGACACGGACGAGUGUGACAAUGAUUACAACGGAGGCUGUGUCCAUGAAUGUAUCAACAUACCAGGAAACUACAGAUGUACUUGCUAUGAUGGAUUCAUGCUGGCUCACGACGGGCACAACUGCUUAGAUGUGGACGAGUGUCUGGACAACAAUGGCGGAUGUCAACAAGUGUGCGUCAACACAAUGGGGAGUUAUGAGUGCCAGUGCACAGAGGGCUUCUUCUUGAGCGACAACCAGCAUACCUGCAUCCACCGCUCUGAUGAUGGAAUGAACUGCAUGAACAAGGACCACGGCUGUGCUCAUAUCUGCAGAGAGGCUCCAGGCAAAGGUGGCGUAACAUGCGAGUGCCGACCCGGCUUUGAACUUGCCAAGAACCAGAAAGACUGUACAUUGACGUGUCACUAUGGAAAUGGUGGCUGUCAACACACAUGUGAUGACACAGACACGGGGCCAGUGUGUGGCUGCCACCAAAAGUACGCACUUCACUCAGACAGCAAGACCUGCAUCGAGAAAGAUGAGGCUGCAAUUGAGAGCUCUGAGUUCAAUGCCACGUCAGUAGCUGAUGUGGACAAGCGGGUGAAACGGCGGCUACUUAUGGAGACCUGCGCUGUGAACAACGGUGGCUGCGACAGGACAUGUAAGGACACAGCCACAGGGGUGCGCUGCAGCUGCCCCGUGGGAUUCACCCUGCAGUCUGAUGGCAAAACCUGCAAAGACAUCGAUGAAUGCCAGGAGAACAACGGAGGCUGUGACCACUUUUGCAGAAACACAGUGGGUUCUUUUGAGUGCAGCUGCCAGAAAGGCCAUAAACUUCUCACAGAUGAGCGCACAUGUGAAGACAUAGACGAGUGUUCCUUUGAGAGGACCUGUGAUCACACCUGUAUCAACUACCCCGGCAGUUUUCAGUGUUUGUGCAAGAAGGGGUAUGUUCUCUACGGCCUCACCCACUGUGGAGAUAUUGACGAGUGCAGCAUCAAUAAUGGGAGCUGUGAGUACGGCUGCAUAAACACACAGGGCAGCUACGAGUGUCUGUGUCCUCUUGGCAUGAAACUCCACUGGAACAAGAAAGACUGUAUUGAGGCUGCCAAGUGUCUUCCCAAUGGAAAGCCAGCACCCAGAGCUCAGCUGACGUGCACAAAGAGCGCCGGGGCAGAGGUGUGCUCGCUGUCCUGCCCCUCCAACGCACUCUUUCUCGCAGACUCGGAGAAUAGCUACACACUGAGUUGCGGCGUUCCCAUCCAACCUGGUCGACCACUUCAGAAGAGGAACGUCACAUCUACUCUACCCACCUGUGCUGAUACACUGGCGCCCCCCAUCAAGCACAAGACCAGGUUCAAGAUCAAAGACGCCAAGUGUCACCUGCGACCUCGCAAUAAGGAGAAGCACAGAGAGAUAUCCAAGCAGAUUGUAUCAGGAGGCCAGUUUCCAUGCACUGAUGACUGUCAGGUCACGUUUGUCAAUCUCAAGUGCGAUUCCUCAAAAAGGCGCCGUAGAGGGCGCAAGUCUCCUUCGAAAGAGGUUUCUCUCAUCACUGCUGAGUUUGAAAUGGAAAUGAACGAGGAGGAAGCCUCAGAUGUGUGCAAUGUGGAUUGUGUGAGGGCAAAGAUGAAGGUGAAGCUGCAGAACGCCAUGCGCACACUCAGGAAGUCCAUCAACAAACAGCAGUUCUACAUCCAGUUUUCUGGGACGGAAUAUGAAGUAGCUCAAAAACCAUCCAGGAUAUCCGACGGAGCGGAGAUCUGCAGCACAGGACAAGUGUUUCGGGAUGAAAAAUGUGUGAGCUGCGGUGUGGGGACAUUUUACAGCGGGGAGCAGGAGCAGUGUGUCCAGUGUCCUCCAGGAACAUACCAGGAUACUGAGGGUCAGCUGUCCUGUGAGCCGUGUCCUAGUACAGAUGGACAGGGCAUUGUUGGGGCCAAGAAUGUGUCUCAGUGUGGAGGUCAGUGUCCAGCAGGUCAGUUUUCUUCUGAUGGGUUUCACCCCUGCCAACCCUGUCCACAUGGUACUUACCAGCCAGAACCAGGCCGAGUUCUGUGUUUCCGAUGUGGAGGAGGUCUUAUGACUAAGAAUGAAGGAUCUGUCUCAUUCCGAGACUGUGAGGCCAAAGUGCACUGUGCUCCUGGACAUUACUACAACUCUACCACCCACCGCUGCAUCCGCUGCCAAGCCGGGACUUACCAGUCCGAGUUUGGGCAAAACUACUGCAUCACCUGUCCGGGGAAUACCACAACAGACUUUGAUGGUGCCACAAAUGUUUCCCACUGCAAAAAUCAGCUGUGUGGAGGGGAGUUGGGUGAGUUCACGGGCUACAUCGAGUCUCCUAACUACCCUGGAGAUUACCCAUCCAAUGUGGACUGUGUCUGGACCAUCAACCCUCCACAUAAGAGGCGGAUCCUCAUCGUGGUGCCAGAGAUCUUUCUACCUAUUGAAGAUGACUGUGGAGACGUAUUAGUCAUGAGAAAAAGUGCGCUGCCCACGUCCAUAACCACGUAUGAGACAUGUCAGACCUAUGAGAGACCCAUUGCCUUCACGUCUCGCUCACGCAAACUGUGGAUCCAGUUCAAGUCUAACGAGGUCAACAGUGGCAAAGGCUUCCAAGUUCCAUAUGUCACGUAUGAUGAGGACUAUCAGAAGCUCAUAGAGGAUAUAGUGCGAGACGGACGGCUGUACGCCUCUGAGAACCAUCAGGAGAUACUAAAGGACAAGAAACUGAUAAAGGCCCUGUUUGACGUUCUUGCCCACCCCCAGAACUACUUCAGAUACACAGCAGCCGAGUCCAAAGAGAUGUUCCCUCGCUCCUUCAUCAAGCUGCUACGCUCCAAAGUAACUAGGUUCCUACAACCCUAUUAACCCCAGGAAGCCUCAGACUCAACCUGCAUCAUUCCAUAUUCAAGAAAUAAAAAAGUUAACCUAGAAUCUUCUUCCCCCAAUGUGGUGGUUCAAUCCCUUUGUGGCUAAGAAGACUCCAUCAUCUGUAUUUGUCUCCCCGCUUGCUUGUCACGUUCAACAUUUCAACCUUUCCUUGAAUUUUUAGCUUUAUUCAAGCAAGGUUUGACCAAUAUUGUUCAAGGUUUGGUUGUUGGGGAUCAGAAAGACUGUAACAUAGAAACGUUUGUUGUUAAUGUGAGGAAAGAGACAAAGAAUAGUUUGUUUUUUUUACAUCCAUGUCUAGCUGUUCACUGUUUUAGUACUUUGAAGUUCAUUUGAUUUACAAUUGAUUGCACUUUCUGCAAAGUAUUUAAGUAAGUGAAAAAGUUUUAGCUCUGUCUGCUGUACAUCUUCAACUUGUCAAGAUUUGAUCUGCUAUGAUAUAUAAAUCAUAUAUUUUGGGAUUUCUAGCUCAAUCGGUUCUGAGGUUACCAGCUAAGAACCAUAAAUCUGUUUCAAGUCUCAAAAUCACUAGAUCUGUUCAGAAGGCUGUCCCUCUUGUGGUAUUUUGGAACCCGUCUUACAAUAACUGCCACAUUAGUCCAUGUCAUGAGAAAAUAGAAAGAUUUCAAGCAUCAGAUCAAAUAGUGAUCAAAUCUUGCUUUUUUUUUCUUUCUUCCAGUCAUUUGCUACAUUUUUUGUCGUUAUCUCCCCAUGUGUUUCAUAUUUCCUUUUUUUUGCCCAGCUUUUGUUCUGUUUUGUGUUAUAUAAUUUAUAUAGAACAUGCCAUAACUUUCAGAGGCCCGUGUCACAGAAGUUGUUAAUAAUAAAAAAGACGUGUUUGGACUCAGAAAAAACAAAAAUUGCAUCCCGAUUGGCAAAAUACUAAAAAAAAGUGGUGCACUGCAAACAUACAAGUGAUCCAAGAAAGACUCGAAGGUGUCAGUUUAGGCCUCCAAACGAUUCUGUCGGUGCUUUUAUUCUUUGUAGCACAAGGGACGAUUACACGGGCUAAACCAGAAAGUCUAUAUUUUAAAUUUAAAAAAAUAUAUAUUUUAAGACAAGAUAAACUACCUUUAAGCAACAAACUGUUUCUUUAGUGAUAAAUGUAUGUAAUUAACUAAUAUUUGAACCUUCGAUUGCACUUGAAUUUUAUAUCUUUUAGGGGAAAAAAUUGUUACUUUUUUGUGUUGUAAUGAACUGGUGGUCAUGAGACCCAUGAUAGAUUUACUCGAUUCCAAUAGUUUGAACUUGCUCAGUGAAACAGUGGACAACGGUGUUACUAUUUUACCAAUUGGACCAGCACCACUACAAUUUGUGAGCGUAGUCAGUGCCCAGUUUGUUUUCUAAAGCUGCCAGAUUAAAGAAGCAUCUUCUUGUAUGAUUGCAGCGCUACAACUGUCCCAAAUCACCCUGAUGCACUUUCUUUUCAUGAAAUAAGAAGUAAUAGUUUGUAGAUGUUCUUCUUUAAUAACCUGACCAAAUGUUUCUGUCAUUCCCAUCAGCACUAAUAUCUCCAAAAAAUACAGUUUAGAUGAAUUAAUGUGACUGAAAAAGAGACUUUAUAUGUCCAGAGUUUUUUUCACGAUAUAGAAGCUGACCGGAGGUUUAAAAUGUAUCCUGGUUUGUGACAGAGUAGCAUACCCUACUGGACAUUUUCUAAAACAGAUGCUUGAAGUUAUCUCGCCCUUUGGCCAUCCGAGUACUUAAAACUAUGAGAAAAUAUCAUUUGAAGAUCAAUUUCACGAAAACCUCAACCCUCAAAAGUUGGUUUCAUGUGAAUUUUUUCGAGCAAACCAAUUCUAGGUAGCAACGGCGACUAAUCAAAAGCUUAGGAAAAGUCUGGAGUCGUGACAAAUAUUAAAAGUUCAUUGGCUGAAACAGGAAAAACCACAGAAAAGGUCUCGCAACGCAUUGACUUUGGACUUUCUGCUCUUAUUUUUGGCCGCCAUGCAAAAAGUAAGGUAUCAAGAGA